AUGAUUCCGCUGAUGUCUCUGAUUGCUUCGGCCACCGCCACGGUUGGUGUGCUCACCAUGUGCUCUUCUAAGGACCGACAGACGGUUACUGAAUCGAAAUCCUCUCGUGCUUCAUCCUCAACCGCUGGCACCAAAUCUCAUCGUUCUUCGAGAUCUGGAAAAUCUGGAAAAAAGUCUUCCAAGUCGAAGAAGGAUCCUAAGAAGGGCUCGCAGAAGGAAUCGCAGAAGGAAUCCUCGGUGGAGGCAGCAGUCGCCGCGAUUCCUGGAGCUGGAAAGCGUCAGUCGGAGACGAAGAAAACUAGAUCGGAGCGCUCGUCGAAGUCGUCAAGACGAUCUUCCAAGUCGAAGAAGUGCAAGGCUGUGCAGUGUGAUCCAAACAAGUUGAAGAAUCAGGUGAGACUUUUUUCACUUCGUUCGAGAAAACAAAAGUCGUCGGGAUCUGGAUCGCAUUCUGGAGAGAAGGCGUUGAAGGCGGUGCCCAACAGCUCGAACUACAAAUUCCCCGAGGGCCAGAGUGAGUUUUUGACUGUUAAUAUCAAACCAUCCACCCUUCGUGCCACUCCUAACAAGCUUCCGUUCGCUCCGACUGGAGGUGUCCAAACCGUUGUGAUCCCGAAUAGCACGAAAUCGCGUAAAGCGUUCAAGGUCAAAACCUCGGACAACUUGCUCUACCGUGUCAAUCCAGUGUUUGGAUUCGUCGAGCCUGGCCAAAAUGUGUCGAUCGAUGUGCUCCGUCACAAUGGAGUCGAGAAGACCGACCAUCUCAUCGUCCUGACUUCUGACACUACUCAAGAAGCCCAAUGUGCCAAGGCGAUUUUCGAGACGGAUCCGGCUCGUGAGCUCACUGUGGUUCCGCUGGUUGCUCAUUAG